CGGGCACUGCGGCUGCGCUCAGGGCGAUGCGGUACGCCAGGAGAUGGGCGUGUUCUUCUGCGUCACGUGGGUGGACUGACCCGGAAGGGAAGAGUGUCCACCAUGUUAGUGGGGGAGCGGAGGAAUGGCAAUCUCAUGGUACAGCUGGGUCCAACGCUGCAGGCCCAGCCCGAGGAGCUGCUGCGACAGCGAUGGAGCACAGAUGGGCAUAUCGAGUAUCUGAUACGUUGGGCUGUACAAAAUACGGAGGAAGGGGCUGGAAGUAGUGGAAUGACCUUACAGGCUGAGAUCAAGUCCUCCAACAUCCUGAUGUGGAUGUCAGCAGAGGAAGUAUACACAAAUUGCCCCACUUUACUAGGGAAGCGCAAACCCGAGGGAACAGGAAUUCCAGAAGAGAAGGCAACUGGGGCCCCAGAUGAAGGCGCUCUCCAGGAGAUGACUGAAGAUGUUCGGAUGCUGGUGCAGAGAGCUGCUAGACAGAUGUCACAGAGUUCCGGUCCUGAUUCGUCCAUCCUGAAUACUAUUCAUGUGCUGAGUGCCUACGCCAGCAUCGGCUCCUUGGCCGGAGUCUUCAAGGAGACUGGAGCGCUGGACCUACUCAUGAAGAUGCUCUGUAACCCAGAAAAACCUAUUUGCAAGAAUGCUGGGAAGAUGUUGCGUGCGCUGGCCUCACACGAUGCAGGAAGUCGGGCCCACGUCUUAUUGUCUCUCAGUCAGCAGGAUGGCAUUGAACAGCACAUGGAUUUCGAGUCUCGUUACACAUUGUUACAGCUCUUUGCUGAGACCACCAGCUCAGAAGAACAUUGCAUCUCUUUUGAUGGAAUACACCUACCUCAGAUCCCGGGGAAGCAGCUGUUCUCACUGGUGAAACGUUACCUGUGCGUCACAUCACUCCUCGACCAACUGAGCAGCGACCGGCCGGACCGUAAUAGUAAAAUCCGCCUCAAGCACCUGUUUGACUUCAGUAUGGCCAUGGGCAGCCUGAUCUGCGAGCUUGUGCGGGUCAUGGGCUGGGUGAAUGAACAAGCUUCCGAGGUAGAUGUUUCGGGAGACUAUGAGCAACCUCGGGUUCUUCGAUCAAUCUUCCAGCCUAAAGUACCAUCCACUUUCCAGUUGGCAGUCACGCCUCCAUUGCGUGCCGCAGCUGCCAAGAAGAAAUCUGUAAAGGAAUUCAUGUCUCCGUCAGACUUCGUUUCCCGAAAUGCCUAUGUGGAUUAUAUCCAAGAAGCCCUAAAGCCUGGUAUGGCCGUCCGGAUGCUGGAAGACUAUGACGAGAUCAGCGCCGGAGAUGAGGGGGUUUUCCGUCAAAGCAACAAUGGAAUGCCUCCAGUUCAGGUUCUCUGGAGGUCGACCGGACGCACCUACUGGGUACACUGGCAUAUGGUGGAGAUCACCGGCUCUGGAGAUCAGACAGAUGAGGACAAUCAGGAGAAGGCAUCGUCUUUGGCCGAAAAUACAAAGGUGUCUCCAGUGUCCCAAACUUUGCAUUGUAAACCCUCAGGGGGUAUAUACACCCUCCCCUACCUCGGAAGUGGGACCUGUGAGGAGAGAGGGAAUCUGAGGCAGGACGAGUGGUGGGAGAUUCUGUUCUUUGUUCGCAAGCUGGAGCCUCAAGAGCAGCAAGAGGCACAUGGGAUUAUAACGCAGAACCUGGAAGAUCAGCUGUGUGACCUGGAUGAACAUGCCUUCAUGCAGACAUCCGUAUCUGUGGACGUAGCACAGAAGAUCCUUAGCUUUCUGGCUGAACAUUGUCGUGGCUGUGUCCUCAGUGACCUCCAGAGUUCUCGCACCUAUACUAAAUAUGUUUUCCGUCCUGGGGUGUCUGAGAAGCAGACUUCAAGGUCCGGCUGCUCUUCACAGGAUACCGCUUCACAAGGCCUUUCCAAAAAAACAAAGAGUGAGGAGCAUCACAAGACUGUGAAGAGUGGAGCCCAGGCUAGUGCAGAACCUUCAGACCUUCAGCUGCUAAACUGCUUGCUGUCUCAGGAAGGCCUUCAGAUCCCUGCUCCUGGAGAGGAUAAAAGCAAAGGUUUUGGAACCUCCUGGGGUACCUCGUCGGGCAUUUCUCUGGAGACGUUACUGGAGAUGUUGGAAAAUGUAAAGAAAAGUGUCUGCGGGCCUGAAGUGCUGGGCUUUAUUGUACAAAUCCUGCAGCAGCAGCAGUCUGGAGAAGAGGCGCACAGUAUGAAAGCUGAAGGGCGCUCUUCUAACAGGGAGAAGAUCGUGAAGAUGUUGGUUGAAAUCUUGACGAACCAAAUGAAGGAGAUGCUUCUUGUCGUAACAUGUCUGCAGCUGACUUAUGUUGUGAUGUCUAAAUAUGACUGGCGAGUUCUGUUUGCUACAGAGGGAGGCGUUCGGGCAGUGCUGGGCUGCAUGCAAGAACAUCAAUCCUCGGCUGCCGUCCAGCAUAUAGGCUUGGCGGUCCUGAAGGUACUGACAGGUGUGGGGAGCUGUGAUCUGCGCGGAGGUAGUUCCCGGCGCUACACCCUGAAUCCCGCAGACGUUCAGGUUAUUAAAGAAAUUUUCUCCAGCAUCGGAUCAGCUGCCAGUGGUAGCUCCACCAGUCUUCUCAGGGCUAUCCCAUGUGCCAUCGGAAAGAUGUUGUGUACAUCAGGGUGUUUCACCUCUGUACACAAUGGCCUCCUGGUUGUCCGCAUGUUAACUGAAAACCACAAGGGUUUGACCGAGCAGCUGUCCAGCUGUGAGCUGCCAUCUGUCCUCCAGAGCAUCUCCGAGGACUCCAGUAAUUCCAUGUAUGGGAGGCUGGAUAUCUUCAUGCAGAAACAGCUGUGCGAUCUUUUGAAGAACAACCAGGAGAAAGGCAGCGCAGAUGCCAAAGAGAAUACUCCGGUGCUGACCAUCGAGGAGAUGGACUUGCCAGCUUUGCUGAGCGGCCUGAAGGAUGGGCAGAUGUGUCGGGAGCUGCUGCCCUCUCUGGAGCGAUGCGUUUGUGAUGAGGUCUCCUCUCUGCGUUGCGAUCUCUCUCAGCUUCUCACAGAUCCUGACUUCUUCCUGCUGCUUCUCAAUAUUCUGGAGCAGCUCAGAAGUGAAAAAGCCCUUCAGCUCUCUGUGUACAGAAUACUGACUAAGUGUCUAGAUUUCUACCAAGAAGAUGCUCUGCCCUGGCACAAGAGUAUUGAACCGUGUCUGACUUCUCUCGGAAGCACCAGCAGCGACCAAGAAGUUCUGCAGGAAGUGGUGAGUUUUCUGCACCGUCUGGCAUCCACGAACAAGGAUUGCGCCGUGGUGAUGUGCCGGCUUGGUGCAAAGGAAAUGCUGAUCAAAGUGCUGGAGAAGCAGAGCUCCAGUCUCCUGCAGGCAUCGGAACUGAAAGACUUGCUGACAGACUGUGAGAAGUACGCUAAUCUGUACCAGAAAAUGGCCACCAGCAUCUUAGCUGGCUGCAUCCAAAUGGUUCUGGGGCAGAUUGAAGAACACAGGCGCUGUCAGCAGCAGAUUAACAUUCCUUUCUUUGAUGUAUUUCUGAGGAAUCUUUGUCAAGGCUCCAGUGUGGAAGUUAAAGAAGACAAAUGUUGGGAGAAGAUUGAAGUCUCUUCCAAUCCUCAUCGUGCCAACAAGCUAACAGAUGGAAACACAAAGUCUUACUGGGAAUCAAGUGGAAGUACUGGAUCCCAUUAUAUCAACAUCUACAUGCACAGAGGAGUUGUGAUCCGGCAGCUGGUUCUGAUUGUGGCCAGUGAGGAUUCCAGUUACAUGCCGGCCCGGGUAGUAGUGAUGGGAGGAGAGAAUGUGUCCCUUAUCAACUCGGAGCUGAAUGCCGUGAACAUCUCCAGCACUGCCGGACGAGUCGUUCUCCUCGAAAACGUCACCCGCUUCUGGCCGAUCAUUCAGAUCAAGAUAAAACGCUGUCAGCAGGGUGGUAUUGACACCCGUGUGCGAGGCGUGGAAGUCUUGGGACCGAAGCCGACCUUCUGGCCAGUUUUUAAGGAGCAGCUUUGCAGAAGAACGUUCUUAUUCUACACCAGCAGAGCCCACAGCUGGGGGCAGGAGAUCUGUGAGAAGAAGGAACACUUACUGCAGCUGUUUAGCAGAUUGAACCGUGCAUUGUCGCACGAGCAGGUGUUUGCAGAGCGCUUUCUACCAGAUGAUGAGGCUGCGCAGGCUCUAGGCCGGAUGUGCUGGGAGGCGCUAAUAACCCCCCUAGUUCAGAGCAUCACUACCUCAGACACCGAAGGAGUGAGCCCCUUGAGCUGGCUUCUUACGCACUACCUGGAGAAUACUCAGGUCUGUAGACGUCCCAAGUCACGAACUUCUGUCUUCAACUCCCGCGUGCGCAGACUUACUCAUCUACUGGUUCAUGUGGACAACAGUCCCCCGGACACUGCCGAACUCAAGCCCCUGGGUAAAAUAAAUGGUAAAAGCCGGGAUUCUUCCAAAGUGUCUGCGAAAGUCACCAGUUUGGGCUUGAGCAGUAUGGCUGGUAUCGCUCAGUGCUGGCAGGGAGUGGUCCAGAAGCAGGUGCAGCGCUUUCUAGAGGUGUCGUGGAAUGAUGUAGAUGUGGUUCCCCGGUUUUGCUCUCUGUACCUAACUCUAAGACGGGCAAUGGAGGAGAUGUUUGGUCAACAGACACGGUUUCUGCUUUCUCUACGCCAGGGCUUUUGCGAGGGACUGUUGCAGCUUUCAUUCCUGACCGCCCUACAUGUAACGGAGCAGUUUGCUCGGUACAUUGAUCAGAGGAUGAUUGCGAUUCGCGCCAACUCGUCAGAUUUACAGGCACUGGAGCAUCUCCAACAAUUCUUGGAGUUUGUUCUUUUUGUGUCCGAGCUGGAACUUGCUAAUUCCUUCGAGCAUUUCUACAGGCAUUACCUAGCCGAUCGCCUGCUCACCCUGGGACCAUGCUGGCUGGAGAACUCAGUGGUAGAUCACAUUGGAAUUUGUUUCCCAAACCGGUUUCCUCAGGAGAUGCUGAAAAAUCUGCAGGAAGCAAAUGUUCUGCAGAGAGAAGAGCACCUGUUCCGUCUCCAGGAGAUGGAUGAAGGACUCUUAUCAGAGGAAGAGCAAGAGGAGGAGGAGGAGGAGGCAAUGGUGACGGAGGAAAGCUUGCAUUCCCAGGAUGAGAGCGGGGAGGAUGUAGAGGUGCAGAUCUCUGUCCUUUCUCCCCGAUGUUGGUCUAUAUCAUCUUUCUGCUACAUGGCUGAUCCCUCCAAAUAUUUCCCAGAAGACCUCAGCAGCUCUGUGCAACAUUUCACAGACUUCUAUACAAAGAGUCAGUCUGUCCGUGGCUCCAGCCUCGCUCCAUCUCGGCAGCUGCAGUGGACGUGGUUGGGAAAUGCGGAGGUGCAAUACGGAGAUCUGACCCUUCAUGUCUCCACCCUUCAGAUGUUUGUCUUGCUCUUAUUUAACCACCAGGAGGAAGUUUUGGAAGAGGCAAUUGUUCAGUCUACGGGGUUAGCAGAGACCCUUGUGAGCCACGCACUUGCUCCUCUAACUACCAAGGGGAGUAUCCUGGCACACAAGAAGAAAGGGCUCCUGUGUUUGAAUGAAGAGAAGUUAAUAGAACAAGGUCCAAGAAAGGUUUUACAGCUGCUGCCCAAACAGACAUACCUGAACGUGGAGGAAGAUGAAGGGUGGACAUUAGAAAAGAAAAGGAACAUUAUCCUCUGUCUAAUAACACAGAUAAUGAAGGAAGAAAACGAGCUUCAUAUUGACAAUGUGGUGUUCCGGGUCAUUGAAUCCUGUCAGAAAUCUGAGUUUGGAAAGAGCCUCAAUUUACUGAAUUUCAGUUGUAGCCACACAGACGUCCUGUCCUGCAUCAUGUACCUCAUUAGUCAGGGCUAUGCCCGUCGCAGUGAGGAUAGCCCCCAUAUUCUGGAAUACCUUUCCAAGGAUCCCUCCACACCACACAAGGGCAAAGCCCACAUCAGCUUCCAGAGUUCCAGCAAGAAGAAGCAGGACAUGGUCAUCAAGUCUUCCAGCUCUGGAGGAGUGGUCGAGCAGGCGGUUUUGGAGUCUGUUCUACUCCCCAUGGGGCGCACUCUGAGCCAGGAGGAAGUCUGGGCCCUGAUGUGUCAGAUGGUUAGUCAAGUAUCAGAAACACUAAGUGUUACCCAGGAUACCGCCCAGCACCUUCUCAUCCACUGCAAGUGGAACAUGGACUUGCUGCUGCAGAAGUACACUGAUGACCCCGAGGUUCUACUGAUCGCGUCCGGGUUGGAGGUACAGGCUCCACUCCAAUCUCAGAGCCCACAGCCCGCAUGUCCUGUGUGUAUGAGUCCGCUGAGUCCCUCUGACAGCCCCCCGUCUUUGUGCUGUAAGCACUGCUGCUGUAAGAAUUGCUGGAAUGAAUAUCUCACCACCCGGAUUGAGCAGAACCUUGUGCUGACUUGCACAUGUCCCACUACAGACUGUCUGGCACAGCCUACUUCUGAAUUCAUCCGCAAAAUCAUAUCGUCCAAAGAGGUCAUUGAGAAGUAUGAGAAAGCACUGCUGCGUGGUUUUGUGGAAAGUUGCUCUAACCUGACCUGGUGCACAAACCCUCAAGGCUGCGACCGCAUCCUUUGCAAAGAAGGCUUGGGCAGUGGGGCAGCCUGUGCCAAGUGCUCCUGGCUCUCCUGCUUCAACUGCAGCUUUCCUGAAGCUCAUUACCCGGCCAGCUGCAGUCACAUGUCUCAGUGGAUGGAUGAUGGGGGAUUCUACGAGGGAAUGACCGUUGAAGCUCAGAGCAAGCACUUGACGAAGCUCAUAUCAAAGCACUGUCCCAGCUGUCAGGCCCCGAUUGAGAAAAAUGAGGGCUGUCUGCAUAUGACUUGUGCCAAAUGUAACCACGGAUUUUGCUGGCGGUGCCUCAAACCCUGGAAGCCCACCCAUAAAGAUUAUUACAACUGUUCUGCUAUGGUCAGCAAAGCUGCUCGUCAGGAGAAGAGGUUCCAGGACUAUAAUGAGAAGUGCACGUUCCAGCAUCAGGCAAAGGAUUUUGCAAUCUCACUGAAAAAUCGAUUGUGCGUCCUCAAUGAAGAACCACCGCUUCGUUCGCUAACCUUUGUCAUCAGCGCCUGCAAGGUUCUAGAGAUGAGCCGUAAGGUUCUAGGCUACUCCUGCGUCUACAGUUACUACAAUCAGGACUCUGAGCGGCUUGAUGUUCUGGAGUCUCAAACAGAAAACCUAGAGUUUCAGGUCAAUGCACUGCAGAUUCUGCUAGAGUACAGCUUACUCCAAAGCGAGGACCUCGCCUCAUCCGUGCGUCUGCUGAGUUCCGACAAGUACAACAGGGGUUUGGAACUGGUCAGGAGAGUGCAAGAGAGACUGAAUGGCAUUCUGCAACACUCAACCCAGGACUUUCGUGUAGGUUUCCUGUCUCAGCCAGAGGACCGACAGAUGAAAGCGUCCAACGUUCCAGACACACCGGCUUCCCCUGGAGGCAAAGACACUAUGGACGGGGCCUCUGAUUCCGGAGAUACAGCGGGUGAGCAGGAAGACGAAGAAGACGACGACUAUGUGCCCGAGUGGCAGGAGGAAUAUGACGACGAUCUAGAUGAUGAUUUCUCGUAUGAUGAAGAUGAUGGAUCUGAGAAUCUGGAGCCAGACUCCUUCAUCUUUGAAGAUUUCGAUGGGGAGGCCUACGAGUGAUCCCUUCUCAGAAAAAUAUUUCUCCUAAGUUUUGUCCAAAGUCUUCAUUUCAAAUGGGUGUGUCCAUCAGGGUGCUUCUUUAUAACCAACGUCUUUCUUUCCAUCCGGCUUCCCUUCUCCCUUCCCCCCCAUUGUGCCUCCACCGCAGCUACCUUGGAAGUGGUGUGCUUGGCUCUCAGCACAGCAGGAGAUAAUUACUGAUAAUUCAUCAAUCGACUAUUACAGUCCUAACCCCAGUGACUGAGCUGGAAUUAUAUAUAUAUUUAUAAUUAAGAGUUAUUUUUUAUUAGAAUUAAUCCUGUUUAUUUCAGUCUCAUUGUGACACCUCAGCAUAAUGUAUUAUCUGAGGUCAGCGCCUCUGGCGGGUAAAAGGUGGUGAAAAGGCAGUGCAGUCGGGAGUAUCUGCAGCUUCCUCUGAAAAUCUGUCACGCUCAUUUAUUAAAGGUUCAGCUAAGCUGUUA